UUCAUAGCAACAGCAUGUGCCGCACUUCUCCAUCAUUACAAAUAUAACCAUGGAUGUUAAAACAAUUUUUGUUGCUUUGUUGCUGUGUUUUUUCACAGGGACGCAAUGUGAAGAUGUUGAUCCAAAAGAUGAUAAUUUCUCUGAGUUGGGCUUAGAGAUUGCUCCUCGCAGACUUCCUCGACAGAUCAAAGCAAUGCUUCUUAAGGAGACGAAGCCGCACAUCCAGGACCUUACGGUGAAAACGACGAUCAUCAGCCGCUAUGCCUUCACCGCCGUGUCUUGCACCAUGGUCAACAGACACUCGGCCGCCACCAAAGGGGUCUUCCAAUUCCAGCUCCCCGCGAGUGCCUUUGUCUCCAACUUCACUAUGAUCAUCGGGGGUCGGGUCUACCCCAGCGAGGUCAAGCCCAAGGAGAAGAAAGUCAAGCAGGUCAAAGAGGGUGACAACAAACCGAAGACCGACGAGCAAGGUGGACAGAGCGAGAGUGAGAUGGAGACGUUCCGCGUGUCGGCCAGCGUCCCGGGGAAGAACCGGGCGGUGUUCCUGCUGACGUACGAGGAGCUGCUGCAGAGGCGCCUGGGGAAGUACGAGCAUGUGACCAGUCUGCGGCCCCUGCAGCUGGUGAGCCGCCUGCUGGUGGAUGUGACCAUCGUGGACCGCUCCGAGAUCACAGACCUGGAGGUGCUGCCGCUACGCAACGGGAAGAACGGCAACGGGGCCAAAGCCCAGGGCAAUCCCUCUCUGCCCGUCUCCACGGUGAUCAAACAGAACAAAACGUAUUGCAAGAUCACAUUCAGCCCCAACAUCAUCCAGCAGGCCAGGAUCACGACCAACGGCGUUCUGGGAGACUUCAUUGUCCGAUACGAUGUGGAGAGAGAGAUGGGGAUUGGGGACAUCCAGGUGCUGAACGGACAUUUUGUACACUACUUUGCGCCAAAGGAUCUGCCCGUGGUUCCAAAAAAUGUUGUUUUUGUCAUCGACACCAGCGCGUCCAUGGUUGGGACCAAAAUGAGACAGACGAAGGAGGCCCUCUUCACGAUCCUGAAGGACCUCCGGCCCAACGACCGCUUCAACUUCGUCAGCUUCUCCAACCGGAUCAAGGUUUGGCAGCCGGGCCAGCUGGUGGCAGUCACCCCGAACAACAUCCGGGAUGCCAAGAAGUUCAUCUACAUGAUCUCGCCCACCGGAGGCACGGACAUAAACGGGGCCAUCCAGACCGGCUCGUCGUUGCUGAGCAACUACCUGUCCAGCACGGGCGGGCACCACAACAGCGUGUCGCUCAUCAUCUUCCUUACGGACGGGCGCCCGACGGUGGGCGAGGUGCGGUCUCCCAGCAUCCUCAGCAACACCCGCUCGGCCGUGCAGGAGAAGUUCUGCGUCUUCACCAUCGGCAUUGGCAACGAUGUGGACUACCGCCUGCUGGAGCGCAUGGCGCUGGAGAACUGCGGCAUGAUGCGGCGCAUCCACGAGGAGUCCGAUGCCAGCGCCAUGCUCAAGGGCUUUUACGACGAGAUCGGCACGCCGCUCCUCUCCGACGUGCGCGUGGGCUACACAGAGGACCUGGUCCAGUACGUCACCCAGAACCUCUUCACCAACUAUUUCAACGGCUCUGAGAUCAUCAUCGCCGGCAAGCUGACCAACCAGAGCGCCGAGUCGCUGCACGUGCAGGUGACGGCCAGCAGCAGCGACAAGAGCAUCGUCCUGGAGACGGACGUGGCGCUGCGGGAGCGCGAGCUGGAGACGAGGCGGCAGGUGGAGGCGGCCGAGGCGGGCCCGGCGGCCGAGGCGUACGUGGAGCGCGCCUGGGGCUUCCUGACUGUCAAGGAAGGGCUGCGGGACCGCGUGCGGAGCCCCGGGGGCCAGGAGAGGGAGGAGCUGACGCAACGCGUCGCCAACCUGUCGCAGGCCUACGGCUUCCUCACGCCGGUCACCAGCUUGGUGCUGGAGACGCCCGACGCCGAGCUCCAGGACGCGGAUGCAGUCAAUGACAGCGCCAGCGCUGCUGCCGCCACAAAUGGCACAGAUCCUGUCGAGGAGCCCACCGCAGGAACGGCUGAGGAGAAACCACAGAGCCUUCACAGGAGCCCUGAACAACCAGUUCCGUCUGCAGAUAAAACUGUCAGGAAACCAGUCAAGAAAUCCAUCACCAUCUCUAAAACCUCAGCUGAUGGUGACCCACACUUCAUUGUCGAGUUCCCCCUCAGCAAGCUGACCGUGUGUUUCAACAUCAAUGGAGAACCGGGGCAGGUCCUCAGACUGGUGUCGGAUCACAAGCACUCAGGGGUGACGGUGAAUGGGAAGCUGAUCGGAGCACCAGCACCAGCUCACAGCCGCAAGCAGCAGCGGACCUACUUCAGCACCAUUGCCGUGGUGAUAGAGCGACCGCGGCGAGCCUACAUUGAAAUCACGGCCCGUAAGGUCAUCCUGGACGGCAAGGACCGCCUGGUGCUGCCCUGUGACAAAACGGCCGCCGUGGAGAGUGACGGGCUGGGUGUGGCCAUCGCGGGCGGGUCCAACAUCACAGUUAUGGUCCAGGGGACCAUCAGCUUCGUCAUCUUGAUCCACCAGUAUAAGAACCCGGCCCCGUUCCAGAAGGACCACCUGGGGUUCUACAUCUCCAACAGCAAGGGCCUGUCCAAGGAGUCCCAUGGGCUGCUGGGUCAGUUCCUGUAUCAGGAGGUGGGACUGAUGGAACUACCAACAAAUGCCACGACAGCCAACACCACAGCAACUAUGAUCCAAACCAAUGCUACAGCAGCCAAACUUUCUACCAAUGCUACCAUGACCAAGACUCCAACGAACACGACCACAGCUAAGGUUCCUACCAAUGCUACCGUGACCAAGAUUGCAAAGAACACCAUGGCAACCAAGGUUUCUACCAAUGCUACCGUGAGCAAGAUUCCAAAGAACACCACAGCAACCAAGGUGUCUACCAAUGCUACCGUGACCAAGAUUCCAAAGAGCACCAUGGCAACCAAGGUUCAUACCAAUGCUACCGUGACCAAGAUUGCAAAGAACACCAUGGCAACCAAGGUUUCUACCAAUGCUACCGUGACCAAGAUUCCAAAGAACACCACAGCAAUCAAGGUGUCUACUAAUGCUACCGUGACCAAGAUUCUAAAGAACACCACAGCAACCAAGGUUCCUACCAAUGCUACUGUGACCAAGGUUGCAACAAACACCAAGGUCCCAACCAAUGCCAUGGCAACCAAGGUCUCUCCCAACACCACAACAAACAAGUUCCCUACCAAUGCUACCAUGUCCAAGAUCCCAACCAACACCACGAUAAACAAGGUUCCAAUCAAUGGCACACACCCAGAGACCCACUCCCUCACCCCAACUCCAGACUCCAGCCAUGCUCUGAAGAUCAAGGAUCGCACGAUCGCUGUAGUGAAGAAGACCCGGAGAAUCUACAGCGGGGCGCAGACUGUGGACUGCUGGUUUGUGAAGAACAAUGCUGCCAAGCUUAUCGAUGGCCGGUACGAGGACUACGUCGUGACACAUCUUUUUGAUACAGGGGAUGGACCCAAUGGGACCAACAGUCACCAAAACUGACCCCUAUCAUUCAAAAGACUACAACCUUCCCCCAACCCAAGUCAACACUCCACCUAAAACCAUCACUCCCUUUCUGUAUGUGAGCAGCUCCUGCAGGAUACAACAGUUUGCGGACUAAAUAAGU